AUGAGGACUGAAUUGCAACCUACUCUUGAGCUAAUGCAGGACACUAACAUGUUUCUAUCAUCUGUUUACAAUAAUUAUGCUGGGUUGAACUUUUCUAGAACUGGGGAUGCUAGGUUCCAGUUGAAGAAAGAUGUAUUAGAAAUGGAUGUGACGACAAGAGGGAAGCUUAACCAUAGUGUCUAUCGAAUUCGUUAUAUUUUGAUCUUGGGCAUCAGCGCGACGGUAGCCGUUUACAUGUAUGCAGGAUGCCUAAUCUCUGGUGCCUCCAAGAAAGACGAUGGUGGCUCAUCUAGCACUGGAUCUAACUGGUUGAUGCAUGAGCUGUUGUGGAGGGAUUUCUUCAGAUUCAUCACCAAGAAGUACAGUUCACCAGUGCAACUGGAGUUUCCGGCUUGCACAGGUGCUCUUUCUUCCUCGUCUACAGCGACGCUUCUCUUCAACGCCCUCCUGCGUUGUUACGCUCUCGAUCGGUUCCCUCUAGAAGCUAUCUUGCUCUACAAAGACGUCCAAAGCGGCAGUCUUUCUGCCUCCUCCUCUGUUUCCUUCAAUAGCUUCACGUACACUUUCCUUCUCAACUCUUGCGUUGGCUUGGGCUGCACCUUUCCGGGAGUUCAGCUCCAUGGGCUGACUCUGAAGCUGGGUUUCGAGUCCCAUGUCUAUGUGCAGACGGCUCUGGUUUAUAUGUACGUGGCUUGUGGGUCUGUAGUUGAGGUGGGGAAAGUGUUCGAUUGUAUGCCUGUGAGAAACCCCGUUACGUGGAACGUCUUGAUCAGUGGUUUGACGAAAUGGGGUCGCCUUGACCUUGCUCGUUCGCUCUCUGAGGAGAUGCCCGUGCGGACUGUUGUUUCCUGGAUUGCAAUAAUUGAUGGCUACACACGAACGAAUCGGCCUCAUGAAGCCAUUCAUUUGUUUAGAAACAUGGUUAUGAGCAUGCUGACCAUCUUUCCAGCCAUUGCCAACAUUGGGUCUGUGAAAGUUUGCCAAUCUGCUCACUGCUAUGGUGAGAAAAGAGGAUUUAAUUCAAUCGAUAUUCAUGUUGCGAAUUCCCUUAUUGAUUUGUAUUCCGAAUGUGGAUGCAUUAUGAGCGCAUGGAAAUUCUUCGAGGAGAUAACGGAUGCAAGGAAAAAUUUGGUAUCCUGGACAUCAAUAACAUCUGCAUUUGCAAUGCAUGGUAUGGGAGAGGAAGCUGCUCAGAGUUUUGACAGAAUGGAGAUUGGGGGUUUGAAGCCGAAUCAAGUGACUUUCUUGAGCGUUCUGAAUGCUUUUAGUCAUGGAGGGUUGGUUGAAGAAGGGUUAACAUUUUUUCAGAAGAUGGUUAAUGUCUAUCAACUUGUGCCCGACAUUAAGCACUAUGGAAGUUUGGUAGACAUGCUAGGAAGGGCAGGGAGGCUGAAGGAAGCGGAAAAAGUCGCUCUGGAGGUUCCUAGAGAGAUUGCCAAUGUUGUCAUAUGGAGGACACUUCUAGGUGCCUGCAGCUUCCAUGGUGAUGUUGAGAUGGCUGAGAGGGCCACCAAGAGGAUAUUGGAGAUAGAGAGAGGAUAUGGAGGGGAUUAUUUGCUUAUGUACAAUGUCUUUGCUGGUGCUGGAAGGUUUAACGAUGCUGCAAGGUUGAGGCAAUUGAUGGAUCAAGUCACUGCGUCCAAAGUUCCAGGGCAUAGUUUAGUCUAACUCAUGCAGGG